CUAAAUAUUACAGGAUUGAACACUGAUCAGUAGGCCGCUAGUACGUGGCACAAUGUGGAAGUGCCACAAAUGCGGCAAACCUGUCUUUUUCGCGGAGCGCAAACAAUCGCUCGGUUAUGACUGGCAUCCAGAAUGUUUACGAUGUGAGGAAUGUGGAAAACGGCUUAACCCCGGACAACAUGCUGAGCACAAAGGUGUUCCUUACUGCCAUGUUCCGUGUUAUGGCGCCCUCUUCGGACCACAGCUCUUUGGACACGGCACCCGUGUGGAGUCGCACAAGAGCUUUGGUCAACCAGAUCAAAAAAAGCAGGCGAUUCAACGGUCGCAAGCCGGUCCGACCGUACCCCGGGGCCAUCUCGAGUCCAAGCUAAAGUGCUACAAUCAAUUCCACAAUAAUAAAAGUAUGGAGAUACGAAGCCGGGAAGUAAACGGACGGCUCGUACUGGAGGGUGCAUUGCGCAUCUACUGGGGUGUGCAGGGUAUGAUUCAUUUGAAGGAGGAUGACGACCAGCGAACAGUAGUUACGGUGCGCAAGCGUAACUCUUACCGUCAAAGCAAUCCUGUGUCGCGCAACGUUGCGAGUGACGAGGAGGGUGAUGAGAAGGAAAAUGUUCCGAUCGGUUCGGACCAACAGCAGGCGCGCAAUGGAGCGGGCGUUAUGGGUAUCAGUACAUCCAGCUUGACGGAACCGAUCGACAGCAACAACGACACGACUACCAUCUCCGAGAGCAUCUCGUACGAUACGCUCAGCCUAUCGUCGGAGUUAAACUCCAACUUCGACUCAAAGCCGGCCUCAUCGAGCGAAUCGUCGAAGGAGGUAUCACCUAGCCAUGCAGGAAGCAAAUACGUUACGUUGCCACCGAAGUUGGAUGUGAAACAGCUGGACUGGGACGAAAUUGACGAGCUGCUGCAGGUGGAACGGAAGCUGGACGAUAGCGAGAAGCUGUAUCGUACCAUGCCGUCACCGUUGGUAUCGACCGGGGCUGGCCCUGGGUCCGGCGGUGAUUGCAGUAUGACUAGCGAAAGCAUUACCGACACGGAUUAUAAGACGCUUACACCGAAUACGGCGACUGGCGGUUCGGCAGGUUCUGGCGAUUCUGGCGACAGUGACCGUACGGCUACGGGUGGGCCGGAUACUUCCACAAGCGUUACCAGUACUGCCACAAAUGCGACCGCGAACGGCGAUGACGAUUUUCGUACGCCGGAAGCAACGUUACGAUCGCACGAUUUUGAAGCAUUCAAGAUGCAGAUUAGUCGUGAGUUCAUCAACAGUACGGCAGAGAUGGGCACAACGGACGGUACGCUGAAGCAGAACCAACCAAUCGAUCCAGCACGUAUUAACGAUUCGUUGAAGCUGUACAACGACGGGGUCAUGAACCGGAGCCUGUCGGAUGAGCAGUGCCGGAAUGCAAUGUUUUCCCUGCCGGCUAGCAAUAUCACGGGAUCGUUUCAUGUAGAAUCCGGUGGUAAUGAAGAAGGCGAAGCGACGCUUCGUCAUCCAGCAAAUGGCGUUUAUGCAUCGCCCAAUCAUGUUCGACAAUCUUCUAACGAUAGUCCUAAAAAACGGACACAUCUUCAACGACCACACCCGACCACCGACACACCGUCAUCUGAUAUGACGACAAACGGGGGCGUCACUUCACCCGGCACGGAUACCGACAGUUGGACAGCUGAUCGUGGCCUGUUGCGUUCAAAGUCCCAGGGCAAUCAUUACUCGGGCAACAGCUUAAUGGAUAGCGAUGCGGAGGACGAUAGUGGCAGUGGUACCGGUACAGAAACGCUGAAACCAUCCGAUAAGACUACAUCGAUUCACAUUCGCAUGGAUUGCUACGACGAGCUAGAGAGCCCUUCGUCAACACGGGCAGUCACGCUAUCGGAGGACGGCGAUAUGACAGCAGUAACGACAACCACAGUAACCACGACUACGCUACCGUCGGAGUAUAGCACCAGUAUCAGCGGCCAUCCCGUGACGGACGAUGGUGUCGUUCUGCGGAAACCACCGAAAACUGGCUCCACCGCAAUCAAGCGUCGAUCGGGCAAUAGGCGGUCCCGCACCAAACUGAAGCGCCGCUGUUCCAUCAACGGUCACUUUUACAAUCGCGAAACAUCCUUCUUUACACCUCCGUACGGUUCGCAGAUGAACGUUUGGGUGACGUCGCUUGUCAACACACAGGAAGUGAUCAAUCUACUGCUGGAAAAAUAUAAGGUUGAAUCAAAGGCGGAAAACUUUGCGCUAUUUAUCGUGCGCGAUAAUGGUGAGCAGAAAAAACUAAAGGACGACGACUAUCCACUGGUAACUCGUGUCAUUCUCGGCCCACACGAGGACAUUGCAAAGCUGUUUCUUAUGGACGGUCAGCAAACGCAGGAAAUAAGCAGCGAAGUUGCACAGUUUCUGAACCUUUCGAUUCCGGAAUGUCGUGCUAUCUUGGAAAGGUUUCACGAGGAAGAGCAACGUGAGCUGCAUCGAAUACGGUGCAAGUAA